AUGGCCGCGAGGCAAAGAAACUCUCAUACCCCUGAUCUGCCUGGUCAAUGGGCGAAAGAGAGUGCGUCAAGAAUCACAAAUAGAUUCACAGAUGGUGUAUCCAAUGAAUUUGAGUUCGGUGGUCCAGUGGGUGCUGUGCUAUUGAUGACGGGGUUUCCUCUCUUGAUGUGGUACAUGUGGAUUGGUGCAACAUACUAUGACGGUAUGCUUCCUUUCCCUGACCCCGGCCAAUCCUGGCCUGACUUCAUCUGUCAUUUGUGCCAAUUGGUCUAUGAGGGAGCCUACCCGUCCGCGAAAGCAUGGGCUAUCUACUGGACGUUUUUUAUCAUGGAGGCAGUUAUGUACUGUUAUAUGCCUGGUGUCUGGAACUUGGGUCGGCCGCUGCAGCAUGAAGGUGGGAAAAGGCUUCUAUACUACUGCUCCGCCUAUUGCAGCUUCUAUGCGACCCUUGCUAUCAUCAUUGUGCUCCACGUUACUCGUGUGUUUCCCAUGUAUACGUUGAUUGACGAGUUUGGACCCAUUAUGAGUGUUGCCAUCUUGUCAGGUUUCUUGAACAGUUUUAUUGUUUAUAUUCGAGCUAUAGUACGUGGGCGCACCCACAGGCUGUCAGGCUCUGUUGUUUAUGAUUUCUUCAUGGGUGCGGAACUGAAUCCUCGCAUUGGUAUCCUGGACUUCAAGAUGUUUUACGAGGUGAGAAUCCCGUGGUUUAUCUUGUUCCUCAUUACCUGCUCCGCCGCUGCUCGCCUUCACGAAACUUAUGGCUAUAUUCCCGCCGAGGUUAUCUUCCUGGCUGGAGCACAUUACCUGUACGUCAAUGCGUGCGCCAAAGCUGAGCAAAUGAUUAUUACAAGCUGGGAUAUGUAUUUCGAAAAACUGGGGUUUUUGCUCACAUUCUGGAAUAUGGCUGGCGUGCCUUUCACCUAUUGUCAUUGUGCCCUUUACCUGGCUAAUAAUGACCCAUCCGAAUAUCAAUGGAACCCUUACAAACUCGCACUAUUAUCUGCCAUGUAUAUCUUCUUCUACUGGAUGUGGGACAGUGCAAAUGGUCAAAAAAAUGCAUUUCGCCACAAGGAAAAGGGACAACUCGUGAAACGGAAUACAUUUCCUCAGGUGCCAUGGCAGGCGAUCGAAAACCCAAAAACGAUUGAAACCGACACGGGCGAUAGCAUAAUGGUUGAUGGCUGGUUCGCAAUAGUCCGGAAACCAAACUAUAUUCCUGACAUGUUUUUCUCCAUGUGCUGGGGUUUAAUCACCGGUUUCAGGAGUCCAUUUCCUUGGUUUUACUUCCUUUUCUUCAUGGUUAUGAUUAUCCAUCGAACCAAGAGGGAUAUUAACAAGUGCCGAAGAAAGUAUGGGGAGGCUUGGGCUCGCUAUGAGAGGGAAGUCCCCUACCUGUUUAUCCCAUAUGUGAUUUAG